GGUUGUUGACUAAAAUUUUGUUGUUCCUCUUUGGCAAAAAGAAUGAAGUCGACACAUUGUUGUUCGUGUUGCCCUUGAUCUCGAAUGGGGCAGUCUCAUUCUCGCCUUGUGUAGCAAUGGUGUGCCAGUCGAGGUUCGGGCUGACUUCAAGCCGAGGGUGAAUGGAAGCAGCUGAUUGAUGAGACAGACGGAUUGGGACUCGCGACAUAAUAAUAUCAGCAGCAUCAUUGUGAGAUGGAUGAAAACUGGCUGGAUGAAGCACUUGCUGCGGAACUAGAAGCCCUGGACGGCGUCAGUGAGGAGCAGCUUCUCCUGUCGAUCCAAGGAGACGCCGACGUGCUGAAUGAAAUCCCACGACCAGCGAGGAGUGCCUCGGACACCGCUAGCGAUCGGGAAAAUGAUGACGAGAAGGACGCUAGAAGUACCCAUUCAGAAGCAGCGAAUAGCACCGACACUGCAGCAUAUCUACAGCUGCUGGAGACGCGUUUUGCAGAACAAAACGAGCGGCUGGACGAGUACGUGGAGUUUCUGGACCAAUGCACGGACCCAACACCGUCAUCCUCAUUGGCGACUCCAUCAGCUCCUGAACUGAAAACAGCCGGGGGCAAUACAACCAUCGCCUGUCAAGAUCAAAAUCAAGAUGCUGAUACAACGUGCUCAGAUGACUGCGAGGAAGGUGGCACCCGCAAAGCACCACAUCAGGCCGCGGAUCAUGUCGGGGAGGGUGGCCACGGUUGCUGUAGUGCUGAAGCAGGCGGGCAAGAACCAGCGGAGUCAAUACCAUCAUCACCCUCGCCUCCGUCGGAGCUGCUUGCGUUUGAAAUGCAGCUGAAGCAGCGUGAUAAGGAGCUGGAAGAGAUGGAACGGCAGCUCAACUUGCCAACUGUUGACCAUCAAACACCGGGUGCUGCUGAGCAUGAGCAGGACUUGCUAGCUGAAGAGGAUAGGGAGCGGUUUCUCCAAGUGCAGGCAGAGCUGGAUAGAGAAAGAGAAGAGAGUGAGCAGUUGCUGGCCAUGCUAAGAGACUGCGAGGCAAGGCGUCGUGAAGCCAGUUGCAUUCGAUUACAGGCUUACUACAGAGGUUAUAGGUGUCGCAAGCAAUGGAGACCAGUGAUCCAGGAUAACUUGGCAAGGCGACGUGUCGAAGAGGAGCGCAGGGCGGAGGAGCAACGCAUCCUGGAAGAGCAGCAGAGACUAGCAGCCGAGCAGGAGAGACAACGACAAGCAGAGCAAGAACGACAGAAACAGUUGGAAGAGGAGAGACGGAAGCGAGAAGAGGCGGAAAGGCAACGUCGUGCUGAACAGAAGAGGCAGCAAGAGGAACAAGAAAGGCGGCGCAAGGAAGAAGAAGAAGAAGAGCGGCUGCGGAUUGCAGCAGAAAAGGAGGCCGAACGGCAACGUAAGAUAGAGGAAGAGAAACGCAUCGCUGAAGAAAUCCAUCGUCUUGACCUUGAAAGAGAGAGACAAAGACUUGAAAUGGAAAAGCGGCGCAUGGCGCAGGAAGCUGAAAGACAGCGGCUGGCGAAGGAAGCUGAAGAGAAGCGUGAGAGGGAGAGGAUUGAAGCAGAGACACGGCAACGCCGACAGGAAGAAGAGAGGAAGAAACAAGCCGAGGAGGCCGAGAGACAGCGAGUGGCCGAUCAACUUGAGCUGAAGCGACUGCGAGAGGAAGAAGAACGACGUCGACAGGCCGAAGAAGAGUGCAAACGUCGACAGGAAGAGAAAGAGAGACAGGAGCGGCUCAAGAGACAAGUAGAAGAGAAGCGACAACUGGAGCUGCGCCUUUGCAGAGAAAAUCAAGCAGCCACCAUGCUUCAAGCGUUGGUGCGUGGAUAUCUACUGCGCACACGCCUCUACAGAGCGCUGUGUGCCGCGCAGAUAAUACCCAGCGGAGUGGCUGGACAGGAUGGUGAAGACGAUGAGGACGAUUUUGAUUAUGAUCAGGACAUCGAUCUUAUUGACUUUGAUUAUGAUGAGGAUUCACUCAAGUUUGACUUUGACGCUCGUGAGCUAGAAGCCCUGACGCCUCUUCCCCUACGAGAGGCGUUGCCGACUCCGAAAGCCAAAGAAAAGCAAUCGGUCCCAAGCCAAGCUCACACGUCCAGACAAGCCGUCACCCUUCCUCCGAUUACAUCACCUACCCAGGUCACGGUACAAGACUCGCCGGGUGAGCAUCGCACCCAUGUGACCCAGCACAAAGCCUCCACUGCAAGCGCAGUCAGCAAUGGUAACACUGCUCAAACAGGGCAAGGCAUUCGAGGCAAUGUCCCCGCACAGCAGGCCAACGUAAUGGGACUGGCCAACACCAGUGACGCUGCAUCCGCUACUAAGACUAAACGCAGCGAACAUGCAGAGAAAGUCGCCAAGGAUUGGGGAUUCAGCGACACAGCCACUGUGGACCUAAUGCGACAGCGUGCCAUGCGCUUCCAGGGCCGGCUAAAGAGACAAGGCAAGGGACAAGCCAAGGAACAAGUGCAGUAUCAAUGGAAGGAGUUUCCCCAGCGGCAGCGGAAGAAGAAGGUUGUGAGUGUUGCUAGGCCAGCGCCAGGUGGCAUGUUUGGGAGAGUAGAUGCGGCAUCUGGUCUUGCAGCAACUGUGGCAGCCUCUGCUUCGUCCUCCAUGACCAGUAUCAGUACGAUCACACUACCACCGUUGGACAGUCGAGUCCUUGCCGGCGGUCAGAUGCAGUUGAUGGCUCAGCGGUUAAGCUCAAGUAGUACAUCGGAAAUCAUCUCCUCUGGCAACUUUCCACUCUACAAUUCCAUAAAAGCGUGGGACGCUACGAAGAAGAAGUCAAAGUCAAAGAGAUGACCGAAUGCUUCCGCUUCCCAAAUCUGCCCUAGGAACACACCAUCCUGGUUCUCUGAGAAGACCAAAGUUGAAUCUCUUCUAGCCCGGUCUCUUAUUCACUAACUUAAUUUCACCGGAAGAGUUUUCUACGAGUAUAUGUUGUACAUCCUUGAUAACUAUGCAGUUGAUAUGCGUUUUAAAGCAUCUACAUGUAGUGGCACACAAACAGAGCUUGAAGACGGGCACAUACAUGUACGUCGUCACAAAUCUACCGAACAGUGGUCAUUUAGACUUGAUAGUACAUUUGUAUGACUGGCCUGGGAUGUCUGGGUCUUGCCUGCUUACUCCCGAUGUGCCUGUCCGUUGUCCAACUAAUUGCUUGUCUUGAAAGUGGAUUCGGAGUUUACCGGACUGCGUGCACUCGUUAUUAUUCAAGUGAAAGAAUGUUAUAAUUAUUGUGUUGUGCAAAUUAAUUUAUGUGGAGCCCUCA